GGGAGAGCUCAAAGCGCACAGGAUUUGACAGAUGUUCGAAUCGGAUAAACUGCACCGCAACGAGAGAAUUGGGGAGCAUUUCACAUUUACAUAGUGGUAGCCCAUAUACGACAAAAUGUCAGGACAAAAGAGUGCGAAUCCGUGUAAUAAAUUCCAAGCGAACAUUUUUUAUAAAAGUAAAUGUCAGAACUGCUUCAAGUCUCGGGAGCUGCAUCUUCCAACUGAUCAUGGUAAGGACCAGGCCAAACCCAUCUAUGGAGGCUGGCUCUGCUUGGCUGCUGAAGGGACAGACUUUGACAAUCCAAUUCAGAGAUCAAGGAAAUGGCAGCGACGAUUCUUCAUCCUGUAUGAACAUGGCAGCAUGAGCUUUGCACUGGACGAGUUGACAAGCACUCUGCCACAAGGAACAGUGAACAUGAAUCUGUGUACAGCGGUGAUUGACGCAGAGCCUAAGACAGGCCAGAGGAACGCUUUGUGCAUCAUCACACCUGAACAGGAGUUCUUUAUCCGGGGGGAGAACAAGGAGAUCAUCAAUGGCUGGAGUGAACAACUAGUCGUUUACCCACGGACCUAUAAGCAGAAUCAGAAGAAGAAACGUAAAGUAGAACCCACUACUUCCCAGGAACCCAGCCCAGCAAAGAUGGCUGCCACUGAGCCCAGUUUCUCAGUCAUGAAAACUGGUGACCCUUGCUCCAGUCUGUGGCAGGGAGAGCGGCCCAGUGGGGGUCCGGAUGUGGCCCCUGUCUGGACUGUGACAGAUACUGAUCCCCUGGGCCUGGACGAGACCCCUGCAGCCUCCAGUGACUCCCUGACCUUUGACGGUAGUCUGCGGCUCUCCAACGGCUCCUGUAUCAGUAGCUCUGUGAGUUCCCUGGACUCUGUGGCCAGCAAGGGGACUGACACCAGCAGCGACAGCCAGCGCACAGAGCCUACGCCAUACAGAGACCACACACCGGCCAACAAGAACAACAUGGCAGAGAGAAGCUGUUACAAUGCGCCAGGGAAGGCUGGGAGGAGUGCUGUGGGAGAGGACCUGGGUCAGGCUGGAUCCAGGAAGGGGAGGAGUGAAGCUCGCAGCAACCAGAGAGAGAAACUGCAGUCGUGUGGAGAUCUAAGCCCAGGUCAACUCACCGUCCCUCCUCCUCAGAGAAGAGCUAAGUCACUGGACCGCAGGACCUCGGAGUCUGUCAUGACUCCUGAUUUGCUGAACUUCAAGAAAGGGUGGAUGAUGAACCUGGAUAAGGAGGAUCAGUGGAGGAAAUACUGGUUUGUGCUGUCAGCUGACAGUCUGAGGUACUACAAGGAUUCCUUCGCAGAGGAGAACUCAGAUCUGGAGGGGGAGAUUGACUUGACCAAGUGUCAGAAUGUCUCAGAGCACCAGGUCCAGAGGAACUACGGCUUUCAGAUCCAUACCCAGAAGUGUGUCUAUACUCUGUCAGCCAUGACUGCAGGGAUACGGAGAAACUGGAUCCAGGCCCUCAUGAAGAAUGUCCAUCCAUCUAACGCUCCUGAUGUAGCCAGCAGCUUGCAAGUCCAUCACAUCCCUUGCAGCCCAUCAGAGUCACUGCCCCUCCCUAAGCCAGACGUGACCCAGGACUCCUCCCCCUCCUCUGAGGUCCCUACAGAGAGAGUCCAGGGGCCCAAACAGAGCCGCAUCCGUGAGAGGAGACGCGAAGGGCGCUCCAAGACCUUUGACUGGGCUGAGUUCAGCCCUAUGGCCCUGCUAGCCUCUGAGCAGGAGGUGCAGCAGGAGACAAAGGAGCCUCUUCGGAUGGAGGUAGGGGACCUGGAGAGGAAGAGGAGGCGAGAGGAGAGGAGGAGGAGGUAUGACAGCAUGCUAGGCUUCCUUGUGGGCUGGGAGAUGGACUGUGACAGAGGAGGUAUCAGUCCCAGGUCACCCAGGACUCACCAGAGGGUACAGAGGGAGAUUGAACAGUGCUGGCAGCAGGUGGAAAGGACUGCCUUUAGACAGGAGAAGACUGUUCCAUUGUACACUGAGUCCCAGGGCAAGGAUAAAGAGGAUAUGGGGAUUCUGCUGGAGACCUACCACAGGAGGGUAGAGGAGUUGAAGGGCCAGUUGGCAGAGUCAGACCAUCGCAGGCUUGAGCUGGAGGCUCAUUUAAGCACUGCAUUAGGACGCCAGCAUCAUGCCUCCCUGCCGCUUGAGGCCCCAAUGUGCCCAGAAGCUGAUCUUCCCUCUUUGAAAAGCCUGACGGACAUGUACAGGGAGACCAGGAGCUCCUCCAGCAACAGGAAUUCACUGGGCAUGGGGGAAACUCAGGAAAGAGCCAACAGCGUGAGAAUAGACAACCUACUAUGCUGUGAGACACCCAGACCCACGGAGGAGUAUGUAGACCCAGACCAGGCCAUCGUGAUGAGGAGACUUUCCCAGGAGGUAGAGCUGCUCAGCAGCCAGAACGAGGCCCUCAACCAGCGCAACCAGGAGAUGCUCAACCAGCUGACAGAGGCAGACAGAGAGAUAGAGAGACUGAAAGCAGAGCUUAUCACUCAGUACAGUGGGCCACAGUUCCUCCCUGAGGCAGAGCAGCACAGCCAGACCAAAAUGGAAGGCCUGGAGAAGGAGCUGCGCAGGAGAGAUGAGCAGCUCCAGGAGGCCCAGUCCCUACUAGCCUCAAUGGACCAGCGUCUGAAGGAGACAGAGGUACAGCUGCAGCUCAGAGAGGACACUUUCAAAGACCCAGCAGAAGAGGAUGAUGAUGAUGAAGAGGAGGAAGCUGGGGAAGAGAAUAUCAAAACACACCACCUUGGAGAGAAGAAGCGGGAACACCUUCAACAGUGUCUGCAGGCCAUGGAGGCCAAGCAAUUAGAACUAGAGAGACAGCUCCAGCACACAGAACAGACAUGCAGGGACCUGCAGUUUAAUGAGGAAGUAGAGAAGGAAAGGACAGUGGAGAAAGAAAGUGGAUUAAGGUGUAGCAGUGAAGGCAAAUGGCAGGAGGAGGUAAUAUUGGAUUCAGGUGAAGAAAGGGUUCAGCAAGUGAUGGAAGGGAUAAGGUUGAUGUCCAGAACCUUAGGGAGAGUAGUGCAGGUGAUUGACAGGUCAGAUCUGGAUGUGGUAAAGAUGCCAUUAGAUAGAAAGUGUGUGGAGGUGAACAAGACAGUGGUCAGGCAGCUUCAGUUAGAGGAGGAGUUUUGGGGAAGGCUGUUGAACAGUUUGAAGGUCAACCCAUCCCAGUCCAAUGAGGAUAAACUCACAGAUGUGAUUCUAAGUCAGAUUUUAGAACACAUGGUAGUGGAAAAGCAAACGCUCCUCCUAGCUCAUACUCUUUUUUCUCAUAAUAAGACAGAUUUAAACAUAAACACUGGAGGCCUGGAAAGGAUGAAUGGAUGCAGGUCUUUGAGAGACCUGGACAUCAUUGGAAACAUAGCAGGUGAAACAGGUUCAGAAAUGAAAGAAGAAGGUGAUGAUGAGAGGAUAUGGAAUGUGUACAACCAGCAUAAUGACACCGAUGACUUCAUAAGCCGACAUUUCACAGAGAUCACACAGGAGAGAAUUUUCCUGCUCAACCAAAUCGCCUCCUCAGGCAUAGCCUCGGCCAAUGAUGAGCUCCAGUCCCUGGCACAAAGACUUUGUCAUUUCCACAAUGUAAAUGAUCCCCAGUUAGCUUCCAUACACUGCACCGCCAUGGAAGCCUUCUCAUCCUAUCGUCUCAGUAGGCUUAACACUCUACAGAGCCAAUUUCAAGAGACUCAACAGGGACUGCUCAUUGCUUCUUCUCCUUUGAUGUGCAGCAGAUGUGCUGGGCUGCUGAGUGAAAACCAGCAGCUUGGGGCCAGACAGUCAGACCUGGAAAGACAGGGGAGUUCCUCAGUGGGAUUAGGGUUGACCCCCCUGAGGCAGGGAGAACACAUAGACUCACAGCAAACAGCCACACAGCUACUAGACACUGCAAGUGAGCAGAAAACAGAGAUGCCUGCAAUGAAUGCUGCAGGUAAAAUGGAUGUGGAAAGCCCAAACCAGGGAGUGACUGCAGUAGAGGAAGUGUGCUGGGUUAGAAGGUGUGCAGAGGUGGUGGAGGGUGACUUCCUGACCAACAGCAUUGAGAGUCCAAUGAUAAAGGUAGAGAGUAGGGUAGAUGAGGUAGAGAGUAGGGUAGAUGAGGUAGAGAGUAGGGUAGAUGAGGUAGAGAGUAGGGUAGAUGAGGUAGAGAGUAGGGUAGAUGAGGUAGAGAGUAGGGUAGAUGAGGUAGAGAGUAGGGUAGAUGAGGUAGAGAGUAGGGUAGAUGAGGCAGAGAGUAGGGUAGAUGAGGUAGAGAGUAGGGUAGAUGAGGCAGAGAGUAGGGUAGAUGAGGCAGAGAGUAGGGUAGAUGAGGUAGAGAGUAGGGUAGAUGAGGUAGAGAGUAGGGUAGAUGAGGCAGAGAGUAGGGUAGAUGAGGUAGAGAGUAGGGUAGAUGAGGUAGAGAAAGGAAUCCAGGAAGUAGAUACUGAUAAGGAUGUAGAGGAGAGGAGCACUACUGAACCCCAUGAAGAAGCAAACACUCUGGGGGAGGAGGAGCUGGAGAUUGUGUUAUCAUCACUGAGAGGUCAUGUGAAGGAUCUGGAGGAGCAGCUGUCUGUCAUGGCCAACAUGAAAGCAGAGCAUGAUGGGAGAAUGGCAUCUCUCCAGCUGAAACAUAAUGAGGACAUAGAAAAGCUAAAGGCCACAUAUGAGCAUGGCUUUGUCACCAUGGAGGAAUCCCAGCAGAGGAUCGUGGGGGAACUGCAGCACAGACACCAGCAGGACCUGCAGCGCCUGCAGUUAGACACAGACAGACUGCUGGAGGAGGAGACGGCUGCUACUAUCACAGCAAUUGAAGCAAUGAAGAACGCUCACCGUGCCGAAGUCAAGAGAGAGAUACAGAGGGCAUGCCAUGAAAACAACAAUGCAGGAGACGUGAAUCUUGGAGAAAUAUGCAGGCAACACAGUGAGGAGCUGGUCUCCUGUCACAGGGAGCUGGGGGUGUUGUCCCAGCAGUACUCUCUGAAGUGUCUGGAGAGCUCCCACCUGGGCCAGGCCCUGGAGGCAGAGAGACAGGCUCUGUGUCAGUGUCAGCAGGAGAACCAGGACCUCAGAACUUGCAACCAGGAGCUGAGUGGCCAUCUUGCUGCAGAGAUCACCAGACUUUGCUCUCUGGCCAAGCAGGACACCUUCCCUCUUAGUCAGGAGAGAGAUGUGUAUGAGCUGGAGAUCUCCCUGCGUGUGAAGGAGUCAGAGGUGCAGUGCCUCAAGCAGAAGAUCACCUCGCUCAAGGAUGAACUCCAAUCAGCCCACAGGGAUAAGAGGUAUGCAACAGAGACGUACAAGGACAUCUACACAGAGCUAAGCAUCAUGAGGGCCAAGGCAGAGAGAGACCUGGGACAUCUCAGAGAGAACCUGAGGUUGGCCCACAAAGCACUAGGAGACCUCUCACCUGCAGUGGACACAGAUAAUAAUGAGUGUCAAGGAAGAUAACUGCAGCUGAACAAAGAGACACAACGCACAACAUGGAUUGUUCAUCGGUCUAUCCAUGUUUACACCAUUUAGCACUUAGAGAUCCAAAGUUAUAUUGUCAAACAUUUUAUGUCCUAUCUACCGUUACUGUACUACAGAAUUUUAAAAGCGCAUUAUUUGAGGAUUCUGUAUUUUUACAUCAUUGUAUCUAAAUGCACACUACUAUUUAGUCUGUCUACGUUUGUCGAUAGAUUAGACAUUUUGUAGACGUUUUCCUGACGACUAACAUUUAUCUCAAGAAGUUUGUCAAAUGUGUAGAAUUAUUACACUGCUUUGUCCAAUCCAGUUAUUGAACGGGGAUAUUUCUAAAGACAACUCAGAUUAAGUUUGAUUUUCUUACCUGUGAAAUACAGUCUAUAAUGUAAAAGUAUUAUUUGUUUGUGAGUGGAUGGUUUUAUUUGGAGGCGUUUAUCUUGGUCCUGCUAGUGCACAUUUUGAUGUUCUUUAUUCAUGUCAAUAAUCUAAUGAUAAAUUAAAUGGAUUUAUUUUAAAUAA